GUAGCAGGGGGAGACAGUGGAGCUGCGAGAACAGAACAACCUCCCAGUCUGAGGUUUUGGUCGUCAAGCAAGCAUUUCUGAGAAAACAGACGGGAGGCGUUUCCUCUGGGAUAAACAGAGGCUUUAGUAAGACAAAAAUAUCCCCAAUAAGCAGAAGGAAAAACCAGAAGUGAAGAUGAAUCUGUUUGUCAUCAUCUCCAUCCUUAUGGCAGCUGCUGGUGUCAGCAUGGCUUUUCCACGAUUUCCCAAUAGAAGAAACAAAGAUGAAAGGUGUCGGUUUGGAGAUGGGAGAAGCUACAGAGGAAACGUUGCGAAGUCGUCAAACGGUCGCAGCUGUCUCAYUUGGAGCUCAGUUUUUCACUCAUGGGGUGAUUCAGAUGGGAUUGGCAGACACAAUUUCUGCAGGAAUCCCAACCUCGCCUUAAAGCCUUGGUGUUACGUCUAUAAGAGACAGCAGAUUAUGAGAGAAUACUGCCGUAUUCCCAUAUGUCAUAAACCAGAAGUGAAAUCGACAACWGCGACACCAACAACCAGAUCUCCCCCUGCUUUAGACACAGAGCGGACGUGUGGUGAACGCAGGUUGAACAAAAUCGUGGGCGGCUCCUUCACAUCCAUAGAGUCGCACCCAUGGGUCGCUGCGCUCUAUCUCAAUCGCCGCAUCUUCCUUUGUGGUGGCUCUCUCAUCUCACCCGGCUGGGUUCUCACGGCCGCACACUGCUUCUUAGACGGAGACAAAACCAAACUCCAGCACCUGUCCGUGUACCUGGGGAGGUCGGCCAUCAACGAAACAGAUGCRGCCAGGGAGCAGAGCUUCACGGUGGAGCAACUAAUAAUUCAUGAAGACUAUGAUGAGAGCAACUACAACAAUGACAUUGCACUGCUGAAGAUCAGUAGCACAAACGGCAACUGGGCAGUGAAGACCCCUUCGGUAGGGACCGUUUGCCUUCCUCCACUUCACACUGAGCUUCCCGCCAGAUUCAAAUGCAGCAUCGCAGGAUUUGGGCAGCAAAGCAUUGACUCGGCGUAUUCACAGCUGUUGAAACAGGCUGAUGUGAACCUGCUCUCCUCCAGGGAGUGUAAACAGUUUUAUUCACAUUUACUCACUAAGAACAUGAUCUGCGCUGCCAGUCCUGACUGGAAGACAGAUGCCUGCAAGGGGGACUCCGGGGGCCCGCUGGUUUGCGAAGCAUUUGGACGCAUGUUUCUCUUUGGGGUGGUGAGUUGGGGAGAUGGCUGCGCAGCUGUCAACAAACCAGGUGUUUACACAAAAGUGACCAACUACAACAAAUGGAUCGCAGCCAAAACAGGGCUUACAAAAUACACUGCAGGAGUGAUGUAUCCUCAAAAAUGAAGCGGCGGCACAUGAUGAUCCUAUUUACCUGUGCAGUUUGGUUUCAUGCGGGGACACACACAAUCAGCACCCCCCCCCCCCCCCAAAAAAAAAAUAUAGGCAUAAAGAAAAUAUAAAAUUUGUCUAGAUUUUCAUAGGAUUGAUUCUUGGACAGAAUCGUUCACGACUAUUAGAGUAGGAUAAAGAUUGUAUUUAUGUUUUGUUGCAGUUAAUGUGUGCAUUUUAGGAUAAAUAAGUUUUAUGUACGCAUGUCUCAGUGGAAUAUUACAACAAAGUAGACCUCAUUGCUUUAAUAACUCAGGGUUGAAACAAUAGCAUCUGCUGUUUUGUGCCAGCUUUAUUUUGAUACCGKAACGGUCUAAACAGAAUUUGUAUUUGCUGAGAAACACGGUUUCAAUCAGGUACUUUUUUUCUCAAGCAGGGACUUCAAGGCCUACGGGUUCCAUCAGGUUAAAUAUUAAAUAUUAGUGCUGCGUURUUAGUUUAUGAGCAGCUGACAAGCUUUGUUUUGAAUGUAAAGUGAUAUUAAUGCAUAAUUUUGUGCUGUUUCUGUUUUAAGAAAAUGUUUUGUUUUUGUAAAUARUAUAACAAUUUUUGCUACUCGUGAUUUUUUUAUAUAUAAGAAAAGGUGUUUUUGAACACUUAAUAUAUUUAUCUAAUUUAAUUUAAUAAGCAUUCCCUCUCUUGUAAGGCUGGUCCUGUUAUUGUAAUAUUUUGUUUUAUGAUAAAUAUGAAAUAAAUAAGACUACUGUAURAUAAUA